UAGUUCUACCGUGCGUCAUAAAAAACACCUUACAUUCUUUAAAAAUAUUUGUUUAAAUGAAACGCACAUAUACGUUUUUCCAUGACAUUUGAUGAAUUCUGAUUUGGACAACUUUUAAAAUACAAAGUAUUUAUAGGAGAACAAGAGACAACUGUAGUUUCAAACUUAGAUGUAAUUACACUUGGGCCAUACUGAAUUUGAUUAAAAGAUGCGGGACCAAGCGUGGAAAUUGACUGUAAUUGUUGUGGCUGUCCUUGUUGCAUUUGUUUUACUGACAGUAACCAUGAGAGACGAGCGUCACAACAAGGUGGCAGUUCCUACAUUUGUGCAACAAACUCCAGCAGGUCAUCAGAAUCUGAAGUCGUUAAGAGAUAUCUAUUUGAAAACUUUGAAAGUGACAUUGACAGGAUAUGCCUUUAAAUCAAAAUCUAUUAAAGUGGGUGCUGGUGAGAUUGCAAUCGGGAACCAAGCAAUGAAUGAUGACGCACGAAAGCGAGGUGCUGAUUGGCCAAGCGUUGGGUACACAAUGAUUGGCACAAUUGGUUUGGAGAAUGUCCAAGAGCUGUUAGAACAUGUAAUCCAAGAUGGCGUCCCUGGAGAUUUCCUGGAGGCGGGAGUUUGGAGGGGUGGGGCUAGUAUGUUUGCUAAGGCAAUAAUGAAUUCUUACAACCAACAAAAUCGUCAAACUUGGGUUUGCGACUCAUUUGAAGGACUACCACCAGCAACUCAGGCAAAGGAUAACGAUCACUGGUCAAAAAUGAAAGCUCUAGCCGUCAGUAAAGAAAUUGUAAGAGGACAUUUCGACGAAUUUUUCUUACUUGAUGAAACGGUACAUUUUAUACAGGGAUAUUUUGUGUACUCAUUACCAUGUUUGAGAAAAACACUAACUGAAAGAAAUAACAAAAUAGCCGUUCUGAGGGCUGAUGGAGAUAUGUAUGAAAGUUUGAUGGAUAUCUUAUUUAAUCUUUAUGAGUUUGUUCCUGUCGGAGGGUAUAUCAUUAUUGAUGAUUGGGGAAUUCAAGUUGCUAAAAAAGCAGUUCAAGAAUUCAGGGCAAUGCAUGACAUUAAGUCAACAAUUUUUCCAUUCCGGGGUAUAUCUAUGUACUGGAAAGUGGAAUCAAAGAUUCCUGUAAAGUACAGCUGGUAUGAAGAAUUCAUGAAAACUAGGAAACUUGAUGCAUCGAAAAAACAAUGUUAA